AUGGACGCCGCGCGACGACCGCAGCGCCAGGACACCUUCGACCUCCGAGGCCAGCUUAUUCCUGACGACGACGGCCUCGCCGUGCAGGCCCAUAACGACGCCUACCCCUCCGACGAGGAACACUCCGUCCUCGAGGAUGACUCCGACACGGACGACAGAGACGGCGACUACGCCGAGGAGGACGACCGCUCCUCCACCCUCUCCAUCCCCAGCGAGUCCAUCGACUUUGAUCUCGUCUACUCGCUCCACACCUUCGCCGCGACCGUCGAGGGCCAGGCGAGCGUCGUCAAAGGCGACAGCCUCACCCUCAUGGACGACAGCAACAGCUACUGGUGGCUCGUCCGCGUCCUCAAGACCCAGGAGAUAGGCUAUAUACCCGCCGAAAACAUCGAGACGCCCUUCGAACGCCUCGCCAGGCUCAACAAACACCGCAACAUUGAUCUCGCACAGCCGAAUCAGAUCGAGAAGCAAAAUGGCCUGCAGGAGUCGCGCGACCACUUCAGGAACAACAUGUCCUCGCGCACAGGCACGCACGCGAACACGCCCUCGCCCCCGACCGCGUCGACCGCGCCCGCUGCGCGCGCGCGCCGGUCCGCCAAGGGCGUCGUGUUCACCCCCUCGCUCCAGGUGCACCGGUACCCGCCUGCCGUAUGGGGCGAGGAAGAGGACGAGGAGGAGGAUGUGGAGUGGGACGACGAGGGGUACGAGGGCGAGGACCGCGCGCUUGCGGAGGAGGCUGCACGCGCGAACGGCGAAUUGGGCAUGGAGCCCGACGACGGGAUGAGCUGGGAGGACGGGGCGGCGGAGGAGGCGCGAGCGCGCCAGCAGGAGGCGCGCGCGGAGGAGUCGCGACAGCAGGAACUUCAAGUGCAGCAGCAGCAGCAGCAGCAACAACAACAACAACAAAUGCAACAGCAGCAACAGCGCCAGCAGAUCGAGGAACAACAGCGUCGGCAACAACAACAACAACAGCAGGAACAGCAGCAGCGCUCGGCCGCCGCGCAACAGCCUCAACAAGGCUCUUCGCUCCUCGUGCGCAAACCCGACUCGCGCGAGGUCCUCGUCGACAGUCCCGUGUCCGCGUCGCCGACCGCGUCCGGCACGUCCCAUCGCUCGCUCGACCCGGCCGACGCCGUCGAGACGCGCAAGGUGAGCGCGACGCCGGUGAUCGCGCGCGACGACGCGGUUGUGAUGGAGCAGAGACAGCAGCCGCAGGCCGGCGCGGUCGGCGGCCCGCUGCUGCCCAGCGCGAUCAUGCAGCGCCAGGAGGACGACAGGAAGCGGACGCGCGAGGAGAUCGAGGCGAUCGAGAACGAGGCGCGGAAGAAGAGCAAGGGUUCCCCCGCGACGCAGCGCGCGCCGGUCAGCAGCGGCGGGAAGCUGCGCAAGGAGCGGGAGUCGACGGACGAGGAGGGCGGGAAGGAUAAAGACCGGAAGAGCAAGUCUGGGCUCUUUGGCGGGUUGUUUGGGCGGAAGAAGGACAAGGGCAAGGAGAAGGGGUCGUCGGGCUCGAUCUCGGACAUGGGGCACAGCGAUCCGGGUCGUGGGUCGGAGGAGUCAGGACGGUCGAGCAACCCUCAGUACAGCAUACAGAGCGAUGUCGUCCCACCGGCGACCGCGACCCCGCCACGACAACCACAACAACCACAGCAGCCGCAACAGCAACAGGCGAUGCAGCGCGCCAUCGGUCCAUCAACACCGCCGCAGGACACGCGCGCGUCUGGCUCCAUGUCGCCCGUCUCUCAGCACGCUAUCCAACUGCGCCAACGCGAUCAGCAGCAGCAGGCGCUGUACCAGCAAUAUCUCAACCGCUCCCCGUCGUCCCCGCCCGAAGCACAGCCCUCGUUCGGCCUGCAGUCCGUAUCGGCCGUCAUGCACGGCUCGAUGUCGUUCAGCACCGCCAGCUCCUCUUCGGGGCUCGGCCCGCCGACCGAGGGCCGGCGUCCGCGCCCGGGCUCGCUCGUCCUCGCACCGAGCACGGUCGACGGACAGGGCGUCGGCGUCGGCGUGCCCGAGCUCAGCGUCAUCCGCGUCUUUGCGGGCAAGAGGCUCGAGACGGAGGCGACGUUCAAGACCGUGCUGCUCAACUCGUCGACGACGUCGUCGGACCUCGUCAAGCAGGCCAUCCAGCGCUUUCGGCUCCCUGCCGGGGAAGACGCGAACGACUACUUUCUCACAGUGAAGCAGGUCGAGGGGUCGUCGGCGAUGCUCAGGCCCGAGGAGCAUCCGUUGGUCGUGUUCGAGACGCUGGUCGAGGCCGCGAUGGAGCUCCCGAAAGUCAAGCGCAGUAGCGUGGGGAGCAUCAGCUCGAUCACGAGCAAUCUCUCCAUGCACCCCGCGAUCAAGAAGCUCCCGAUGAACGAUUUCACGGACGACUCGGCCGUCAAAUUCUACCUGAACAGGAGGGGAGAACGCGGGGCUGAUGACGGCAUGGGCGACGACGGCGACGACACGCUCAUGGCGGAAUCCGUGCACAGCGACGACGAACAGCCGCUGUCGCCACGGCCCCAGUACCUCUCUGUAUCUGGCAGCGGCCCCAGCGUUCCCCCGGAGCGCUUCAGCUCCCCCUCCUUCCGCUUUGCGCUCAAGCUCAUCAUACAUCCGGACGACCUCCCGGACGACAUGGUCUUCGAUCCGUCGACAGAGGCCAUCGUUUUCAAAAACACGCUGCGCGACCGGUCGCAGUCGAGCGCGGGCGUUCCGCCCGGCAUCUCGCAGGCGCACCGCCGCAAAAUCUUCGUCUUUCCGAAGAACAUCACCGUGGCGGAGGUGAUCGAGAUCGGGCUCGAGCGGUUCGGCAUCUUGGAGGGCGUCGUGGACGGCGGGGACGAGGUCGAGGACAAGCAGUCGAAGCGGCGGAGCUCGUCCCGCGUGCGCUACGCGCUGAACGUGAGCGUCGACCCCAACAGCAAACGGGAACUGUCACCGUCAAGCAAGGUGAUAGACGCGUACCCGCGACCGCCCGCAUACCGAGCGGUGGAACGUCGGUUCAGUGAUAGCAAACGUCGCUCCGUGGAUUCCAUGCAGCUGCUCGGGAACUCUGACGACGUACAGCCUGACGACCCUAUUUUUGUCCUCCGCCGCGCAGUCAGCUACCGCACGUCUUCGCGCCGCCUUUCCACCGCGCUCGACGAGAUCGCGCUCCAGCACAUGCACCGCGAGUCGGUCUCGACCGCCAGCAUGACCUCGGACUCUGCUGCGGGCCCCAGCGAGGAGCCGAGGCAGCGGCACAUGUCGAAGCAGGAGCUGAUCGCAGCGCAGCGGGCGGCGACGCGCGCGAACCAGCGUGCCAUCUUGUCCGCGCAGACGAACUCGGUCCGCGGCAUGGACGUUCUUCUCCCAGGCAAUGCCAUGAUCCGGAGCUCGCGUUACGAGGUCGACGACAGGAUGCGGUACUCGUAUGUGCAGCCCGACGGGGAGACGUACGACAUCAGCGAUAUCGUGGAGGAAGAGUGGCAGGGCGAGGGUGCGCAGAGGAGGGAGACCGCGUCGCAGCAGGGCGACCUGCUCGAGGGCGUCCUCUCGCGUCACAAGGACGGCCUGAGCGAGAAGCUGGACCGCGUGCUGAGCAAGAUCAAGGACAGCAGAGGCGCCGCCAGAGUCCCAGUCUCUCAGGCGACGUCCGCCUCGACGAUGGACAGCAUCGCGUCCGAGUACUCUGACGUCGGCCCGGACGCGGCCGAGCAGACCAACACCCCCACGGGGGCAUCUUCCUCCUUGUCUUCUUCGUCUUCUAAUUCCAAGGGCGCCGCCGCCACCGCCGCCGCUCCUCCGUCGCAUCUGCGGCAGCCGUCCAUUGCAUCCGUCAUGUCUGAUUUGUCGGGCUACCGCACCGCCGUCGGUUCGCCCGUGGCGUCUUCGCCCUCGUUGCCGUCCAGGAACGCUUCGACGCCCAAGCCCCCCAAGGCGAGGCCCGUCCUGCCCAAGGACGACUUUGGGUUCUCUAAUAUGAUGGCCAUCAUCGAGCUCGCGGGCGCGCAGAACAAGGCGCCGCCGCUGGCGCCUAUGGACCCCGUGGACGAGCUGCUGUUCGGGAGGACGAUCGAUCUGGGGACGUUGCACCCGCACGUGCGCGAGAUCUACGCGUCGACGUUUCAGCAGCUGGAGGAAAUGGACACGGUGCGUCACGAGGGCCUCUCUCGUUGCGAGUGUGUCAUGUUGAGUGUUUGCUGA